GAACUCCCCCGUAUUAUUUAGCCCCACGGAGUGCCCCAGUGGGCAUGGGCCAUGGGCGAAGCAUAAGUUGUAGCCCAAACGCGUAGGACAGCGUUGUAAUGUCUAGAAACUUUCAUAUUCACGAGAGCUGCAUUGGUUGAGCUUCACCCCAUCCUCUCUCCUUUCUCAGUCGAGUGACUUAUUCUCCUCCUCUGCUGGCACUACUCGCAACACUGGCUUGCCUGCGCUCCGUUCUCCGCCUCCGUACGCGCAAAAAAUCUCACGAUGGCGUGGUCAUGGAAGCCGAAAUGCCCCUCGGUGCUGAAUAUCUCCUGGCUGCUCGUUCUCCUUCUCCUGGUGACCGCUAUCAUGGGGUUCUGCGGUCUGGAUAUCUUCAUGAGGUUGUUCCAGGAUCGGGUCCUUCUCAUCAGCGCCGGGUCGAGCGUGGGUUUACUGGUCCUAGGUGCCGUCCUAAUCUCCUCCGCCCGCACGCUCUCCAUCCGCUCAGCACUGCAAAGCAUCCCCAAAGUCUACGUCCCAAUCAACCCAUCCGACCUCCCAAAACGGGUCCACAAACUCAUCCAAGCCGACCUUUCCAACGUCGCCAAUAUCGCUUUGGAAGCGAAACCGAGGCCACAGGACGCGUUCGAGCUCGGGUGGGGUAAACAGGGGACAGCGCUGGAGAAGGUGCAUUUCAAAACGGCAGCGGUGCAGACUUUUGAGCUGUUAGAACGAGCGGCAAUCGACAUCUCCCCCUACCUCCGGCGACCUUCCACCCUCACCGCGCGGCGCUACAUCGAGUACCUGAUCUCCGAAGGCGUCCUUGGCCCCGACCUGGGCCGCUAUUACAUCGACCGGUAUGAGCAGCUGCGGUUCGGGCCGCAUGAGCUGGCGGAGAGCGAUUACAGGGAGUUUAUGAAGUUGGUUGCUGUUGCGCUGAGGAGCAUGAAACACCCGGAACAGACAGGCAUUUAGUCGACUCCGAUUUGGGGCGACCAGGGUAGAACCGGAAGCACAAGUUAUAUUAGGUGGGGCCUGCAGUGUAUAUCCUAAGACAUGAGCUCUAUAGAAAAAAAAAUACAGGUCGUGGAGCCACACGAUGGAGAUCCAGGCACCUCCGUUCGUCUCCUUGAGGGCGCCUCCAGGAGCGACACCGUCGCCCCUCCGACCGAGAAAACGGACGGAGAACAGGGGCUUGGACCGUCAUUACCCCACGUCGACCCGUAAAUUCAUGCUCGUCGUCAUU